UCUCAGAUCCAUCCUGUCCAGACUGAGUCUACAGACAGACAACAAUCAGGACUCCUCUCAUACUUCGUUGUGGUUUGGCUGCUGCACUGCCCAGUGCCCACCCAUCAUCACUGCAAGUAUGUUGAUGCUCAGAGAAACGACAUCUUGGAGGGAGCAAGGAGGCCUGGUCCCUCAUUGGGAGGACACGGUGACCAUAGCGCAGAAGCAGCAGGCGUGGCAUCAGAGGUACGGCUGCUGUGCGUCAUCAUGACGCAUCCUGACAACCAUGAGGUCAAGGCCAGGCAUGUGCACGCCACGUGGGCCAGGCGUUGCCACACCGCCAUAUUCAUGAGCUCUAAAGCAGAUGCCAGCAUUGAUGCUGUGAAUGUGGUCUGGCAUGAAGGCCGUCAGCAGCUCUGGCAGAAGACCAAGAACUCGUUCAAGUAUGUCUACGAGCAUCACCUCGACCAGGCUGACUGGUUCCUCAAAGCCGAUGAUGACACAUAUGUUGUAGUGGAGAACCUGAGGUAUUUGCUGGGUGCCUACAACAGCUCAGUGCCUCUGUGGUUCGGGCGGAGGUUCCGCGAGCUGGUCACCAACGGCUACAUGAGUGGAGGAGCUGGCUACGUGCUGAGCAAGGAAGCUGUCAGGAGACUCGUCGAAGAAGGCUUGCCCAACCCCAGGAAGUGCCGCGCUGAUGCCGCCGGGGACGAGGACGUGGAAAUGGGCAGAUGUCUUCAGAACGUCGGCGUGAUCGCUGGCGACUCUCGUGACCACAUGGGCAGGGACAGGUUCUUUCCGUUCAUCCCUGAGCAUCACAUCAUCCCUGGUCAUAUCGGCCCGAAGAAUUGGCUCUGGCAGUACAACUAUUACCCAAUGUCUAUAGGCCUGGGCUGUUGUUCUGACACCGCAAUAUCGUUCCACUACGUGAGUCCGGAGCUCAUGUACCAACUUGAGUAUCUCAUUUACCACCUCAGACCGUACGGCCUGAGGUAUCGGCACCCUACCUUCCCAUUCCUGUCUACUGACACACAGCCAAUACCUGAGGAGGCGUUUAACAGGCGAGAAGCUACAAUAAGCAAGAGUCAAAAGUUAGAUAACGACAGCACACAUGUUAGCGAUGCUUCAGACGCCUUAACUGCUGCUCCUAACACUGGGUACUCACUUGAGCUUCACGUCCGAGCUUCGGCAGCGCCAUAGCUUCGUUGCAACACAUGCAAUUACGAAAUUAUUAUAGUUAUCUAUGUAUAAUUAAUUAUUAUAUAUAAACCUGUUGGUCUUUUAUCCUCUAAGAAUUCGAUUUCGUGUGUCACAAAUUUUUGAUCUUAAAUUGUAAGAGUUCGUUAACGUCUGUGAUAAUCUUCCUAUAAUAUGUCGCUAGUUAUUGGGAAUUUUCCUUGAUUUAACUGUGCCAUUUAACUUAAUUUUCAGUAGGGUCAUGCUUGUGUUUAUUCAGCAACACUAAUUGUGAACUGUUAUUUCUAAUGCGACUUUCGUCGCACGAUAUUGGGAUGACUGUUGUAAAUAAUUGCGUCUAAUAUAAUAAUUUGCACGUUGAAGCCGUGACGAUUAUACUUCGUUACAUUGACUUUAAUCGUUCAAUAUCGACUGAAUGAUGGACAGCUACUAGAUAUGUUCAAACUGAGACUACUUCCCGUUCGAGUCCACAUUGUCGGCAUGAUGCAACUUUUGCGUUAUUGUACCUUGUGGAUCUCUGUGAAUGCUCUCUGAACUCAACACUGCUGCUCUCAGCCCAAGUGAAAUGCUGUCUAGGAUGCUGAGGGAAGUUCCCCGAAGCAACUUUAGAACUGACAACCCUAGACAAUAUCUAAUCGAGUGUAACAUGCUGCCGGAUAUCUAGCACGGCACCAUGACAUAGGUAAGAAAAGACCCACACCUUCCAAAAAUUACAACAUUCGUGUCAGCACAUUACUGAUUGAGAUGAAACUUACGGAAGACGGAUCGAACCUGCGCCUCAGAAAUAGAAGCAUACACCCAAGACCAGAUGGAUCAGGCUGCGAGCCUAAAACCUGCAAACCUGACCCUGCAAACCGACUACCGGUAUUGCACCUUCGGCGCGAAAUGGACGAAGCUGAUCUAAAGCGCUCGAAAUCUCUCCCCUUCUACUACUACUACUCUGAACUCCAAGUUCCUCGCUUUUGCUAUUUUAGUUCCCAUGUUCUCGUCCUAAAAGUGAUAUCUCAGAUAUUUUUCAUUUUUUUGUGUGGGAAGUUAAUUAGCUUUGGCGCUGCUAUUUGUUCAUAUUCCUCAACUUAGCCACUCGGUUGUUUAUGAAUCACAAAAAAAUAACCGUUGGAAAUUUCUAAUUACCUUACUAGAAUUUUUUUCAAUCUCAGAGUGCUUAGGAUGUUAGUAUACUCAUCAAGUAGCAGCAUGACCACGUUCGGUACGUAGCAAGAGCGUUCCAUCAAUUUAUUGAUUACUUGUUAAGAUAGAGCUCGCUUGGUUCUAGUUCAUAUAACUAUGUUUAGUCCGCAUUUUUAAUUUUCGUGUGUUUUCUCCGAAUAAGGUAUUGGUUCUUAAUUUAUUAUAUGAUUCUUUGAUUCAAUGCGUUUAAUACUGCAUUUUCUCAUGAUUCCUAUUUUAAACAACUAGUCAGCUAUACUUACUUAAAAGUCUGUCGUUGCAUUGUUUAACUGUGUUCACCUUGCAAACCCUUUAGGGUCUUUGGUUGUACUGAACUUGCUUUGGUUCCAUUUAAUUAUGACUGUGUCCCCUGCAUGUCUUACUAAGAUUAACUGUCCUUUGCCUUUACCUCAGCCUACAGUGUUUGAUAAAAAUUAAUCCUUUCAGUCACAGAUUCUCAAGUAAUUCAUCGUUUACUAUUUUAAUAAUCUGGCAAUCUAUUUUUACAGCUGGCACAGUAAUGUUAACUUCAUCUUAACCCGACCCUUUAGUAGUGAUUUAUAUAUUUUAUUUCACUUAUUGCAAAUCUUAAUUUUCAGUUAUUGUGUAAAGAUGUGCAGACCUUGUUCAUUUGAUAUUGUUUCUAAAUAAAAUUUAAAACCUUAA